AGCAGCCAAUAGCAUGACAGUUCUUCGCAAAAGGGCGUGCCCACUGAUUUACCUGAGAGAACUGGCUGCUGCGCAGAGAUGAUGCUCAAUCAGAUCAAUGAGCAAACACAGGUGUUAAGCGCAACCGGGUGAACAAAGCGGGCAUUGUUUUUGCGCCAUUCUCCGGGGAAGUAAAAACUUAAACCUGUAAUUUCUCUCGUACGAACUCUGCUGGGAUGGCUGCUGACUCCACAGUGAGGUCUGAGGUAGAGGAGCUGCAGAGGAGAGCCAAUCAGGUGACAGAUGAGUCUCUAGAGAUCACCAGAAACAUGAAGCUUCUGUUAGAGGAGAGUAAAGAUGCAGGAAUCAGGACACUGGUUAUGCUGGAUGAACAGGGAGAGCAGCUGGAGCGGGUUGAGGAAGGGCUGGACCAGAUCAACCAGGACAUGAGGGAAGCCGAGAAAAACCUUACAGAUCUGGGCAAAUGCUGCGGUCUGUGCUCCUGUGAUAAGCUAAAGGACUUUGAAGCAAGUGGGGCCUAUAAGAAAGUCUGGGGUAAUAAUCAGGAUGGGGUGGUGUCUAGCCAGCCCUCGUCCCGUGUGGUGGAUGAGAGGGAGAAGAUGACCAUGAGUGGCGGAUACAUAAAAAGAGUGACAAAUGAUGCAAGAGAGGACGAAAUGGAAGAAAACUUGGCUCAGGUCGGCAGUAUCCUUGGCAACCUCCGAAGCAUGGCUAUUGACAUGGGCAAUGAAAUCGACACUCAGAAUGACCAGAUAGACCGCAUACAGAACAAGGCCAUGGUAAAUGAAUCCCGGAUAAAUGAGGCCAAUCAGAGGGCCACAAAGCUAAUAUCAAGAUAAAAACAGAAUGCUAGCCAUUAAACAAUUUGUUAUAUAUGUUCUUGUGCACACAUAAUGAUUUUAUGGAACUUUUUUCCCGUAAUUGUUUGUCUAUUGAUGUGACAGCAAAUUAUAAACAAAGAGAAAUGUAAUGAAUUCCAAUAUAAUGCCUAUGUCAUCGUAGUGUGCCUUGUAUUUGUAAUUUAAGCAUGUAUUGUAUGUAAAUAAAAUUUUAGAUUCUUGAUUUUUAAACCUGCAGAACACAUCAUCAUGAAUGAGAAAUGACCACUUUUACUGUGUCUUUGUAUUGGUAAAUGUAUUUUGUCCGCUUUAAGCAACCGUUAAAGUAAUAAAUCAAUUUAUACAUUGUU